CCCGUCUUUUUUUUUUUUUUUUUGUCCUACAUGCCUUACCUAAAUAUAUAUUUGUAUUAAAAAGCCAAGGAGGAAACUGCAUUUCCACAUCUCCUCUCUAUGUUUUUUUUUUCCUCUCCCUCUUCUGCCUCCAGUGCAAAAGGAGGGGGUGAGAACGAGCUUUAACGGAGAGCCAUCAAUUGCAAGUACCAUCUUCCUGUGACGGGAGGCUCCUAACAGGACACCUUCCACCCAUCAAUGCACUGCCAAUGGGUUAUAUCCUUCGUUGUGACCUCAUGGUUUAAGCGGGCAUAAAGAUGAGUAUAAGCAGUGAUGAGGUUAACUUCCUCGUAUAUAGAUACUUGCAAGAGUCCGGGUUCUCUCAUUCAGCAUUUACCUUUGGUAUCGAGAGCCAUAUCAGCCAGUCUAACAUCAACGGCGCCCUGGUACCCCCUGCUGCUUUGAUUUCCAUCAUCCAGAAAGGCUUGCAGUAUGUAGAGGCGGAAGUCAGUAUUAAUGAGGAUGGUACUUUGUUCGAUGGCAGGCCGAUAGAGUCUCUCUCGCUGAUAGACGCCGUGAUGCCCGAUGUGGUGCAGACCAGACAGCAGGCCUACAGGGACAAACUUGCCCAGCAACAGGCGGCGGCCGCUGCGGCGGCGGCGGCUCCGACAAACCAGCAGGGGUCUGCGAAGAACGGCGAGAACACUGCGAACGGCGAGGAAAACGGAGCCCACACUAUAGCAAAUAAUCACACAGAUAUGAUGGAAGUAGAUGGCGACGUCGAAAUCCCUUCUAACAAAGCAGUGGUGCUGCGUGGCCACGAAUCAGAAGUAUUCAUCUGUGCGUGGAACCCUGUUUGUGACCUCCUGGCCUCUGGAUCGGGAGAUUCAACGGCAAGAAUAUGGAACCUUAGUGAAAACAGUACCAGUGGAUCCACACAGCUGGUCCUUCGGCACUGUAUACGAGAAGGAGGCCAAGAUGUACCGAGCAACAAAGACGUGACUUCCCUAGAUUGGAAUAGCGAAGGUACGCUUCUAGCAACAGGGUCAUAUGACGGAUUUGCAAGGAUAUGGACUAAAGAUGGUAAUCUCGCCAGCACGUUAGGGCAACAUAAAGGUCCCAUAUUCGCAUUAAAAUGGAACAAAAAGGGCAACUUCAUAUUGAGCGCAGGCGUGGACAAGACCACAAUUAUUUGGGAUGCACAUACUGGAGAAGCCAAACAGCAGUUUCCUUUCCAUUCUGCACCAGCGUUAGAUGUUGACUGGCAGAGCAACAACACAUUCGCCUCCUGUAGCACAGAUAUGUGUAUUCACGUCUGUAAACUAGGCCAAGAUAAGCCCAUCAAAACCUUCCAGGGCCACACCAAUGAAGUUAACGCAAUCAAAUGGGAUCCCACUGGUAAUCUUCUGGCAUCUUGUUCCGAUGACAUGACUUUAAAGAUCUGGAGUAUGAAACAAGAUAGUUGUGUCCACGAUCUACAAGCCCACAACAAAGAAAUUUAUACUAUCAAAUGGAGUCCUACGGGGCCAGGAACAAACAACCCAAAUGCCAAUCUUAUGUUAGCAAGUGCGUCUUUCGAUUCUACAGUUCGGUUAUGGGAUGUAGACAGGGGGAUCUGCAUCCACACCUUGACGAAACACCAAGAACCUGUGUACAGUGUAGCUUUCAGUCCUGACGGCAGGUACCUGGCCAGUGGCUCUUUCGACAAAUGUGUACACAUCUGGAAUACGCAGACGGGUGCUCUAGUGCAUAGUUAUCGGGGAACAGGAGGCAUAUUUGAGGUUUGCUGGAAUGCAGGAGGAGACAAAGUUGGAGCGAGUGCUUCAGAUGGUUCAGUUUGUGUACUAGACCUACGGAAAUAGCGCUAUUAGUUGGAAGCCAUGGACCGACUAUGAAUGUGUACAUAGCCAAAAUGACUGUCCCCUUGACCCAUGUACUGCUAUAGUCCCAAUUGAACCAUGGCCAGUUCCACUACAGCCAAACCCGAGAAAGAAUUAUAUACAUAUACUGUGUAUUAAAAAAAAAAAAUAUGCGAAAGCAGACAAGAGACACGGCAAACGAUUAACACCCUGAAGAAGACGACAA